AUGCAAUCAUCAUUUCUCAUGGUAGUGGCGUGCCUUGUACUAUUUCUUUUGAGGGAUACUUUUGGGCUCCAUUUUUAUCUGAAGCCUGGUGAGAUCAAGUGCUUUUAUGAAAGCUUGCGCGAGGGCAAUUUACUAGUAGGCGAUAUUGACGGCUACAUAGAAGGCGAGGUCGGUCGAUUCAAAGAUGAUCCAGAAUUGCUUCUAGGUAUUUCAGUUUAUGAAACUUUCGACAAUGAGGAGCUCGUACUGAAUCAGCAAAACUCCCAUAGUGGUGAUUUUACUCUGACUGCACUUGAAACGGGAGAACAUAAAAUAUGUAUCAAUCCCAUAUAUUCUGAGGAGAAUGCGAAUGUCAGGGUAUUUGUGGAAUUUGAGAUAUCCACAUCAGAAUCCGUUGAUAGUAGAAGAAAACAAGAUGUCAAAUCUCUAAGAGAAAGAAUCUCUCAGUUGAUAGAGAGAUUACAUAGGAUCCGGAAUGCACAGCGAUCUAUCAGGAUGGAAGAGGCAGAAUUCAGAGAUCAAAGUGAAUCUGCCAAUAGCAAAAUUAUGUUCUGGUCCCUAGUACAAUUCUUUGCAUUGGUUGCAAUAUGCGCUAUUCAAUUGCGCUACCUGAAAGUCUUUUUCGUUAAACAAAAGAUUCUGUGA